UCACGCGUAUAAAUGUAGAAUGGAAAUAACAUUUAUGCUUACAAUACAAUAAGGAAUAUAUUAUUCUUUCGGUUAUAGAGAUAAUAAGCCAUAAAGCCCAAUAGUAUUAAUUAUCUUUUCCAUGCUAACACUCGAAAUUUCGCCUUGAUUACAUAAUGAUCGAAUCGUUAUCUUUUAUCGUAUAAUGAUACUAUAUAAUUAUUGUACUUUCGAUUACUUUUCAUUCGAGAUCUCGUGUUUCGAGCUUUUCACAAUAGUUUUAUUGCAAUUGGUCAAACUUAAACAAAGUCUCACGUUGAUUGAACACAGGCGAAAAUUGUUGUUAUUAACAUUCUAGUAUAAGCACUAUCAACAAUGAAUUAUUGUUUUGUCGAGGUUCGAAACAUGAAUUACUUUACAUCUUUUUCCUAAACAUGUUAACGAAAUCAUCAUUAACACUGCGUCGUCAUUUUAUUGGGUUCGAGGUUCAGCUACCAUUCGACCUAUCCCUGCUCUUUUCGAUGGUUACAGUAUAAAUAUUUCUAACGUAUGUGCCAGUACAUGUAUUCGUCCGCAUACGGCCAGCUAGAAAACUUUUUUUUUUUUCAUACCUUCGACAUCCAUUAUAGUUACGGGCAAAGAGCCAAGUACUUUGAAUACUACAUUGAUUUUUUUAUCAAAGUGUGAUAUAAAUCAUACAGAUACUAUUCGAUGAUAUAUUUUUUUUUACAAUAUUAUGAUCUAAUAUUAUAUUGAACCAUUUAGUUAUUAUCUUAGUGCUUGAAAUAGAAUUAACAACAGGAAAAGAAAGAGAGCUUUGAUAAUGUAUGUCAGUGUAUUAUUACUUUUCAUAGUGAUUAUUUUGUUGAUAAUCUUUAAAAAUAAACAACGAUGGAAACAGAAUAAUUCUCCACCAGGACCCUUUUCUUGGCCGUUUAUUGGAAAUCAAUCUCUUUUGAAACGAUUGGUUCGUAAACACGGUAGUCAGCACGUAGCAUUUUGGAAGCUUGCUCAAAGAUAUAAAAGCGAUGUAAUAAUGUUAAGAUUAGGUAUGCGUAACAUUAUUGUGGUUUCCGGCAUGACAACCGUUCACAAAUUACUAUGUAGCGAUGAUUUUGAUGGUCGUCCUUGGAACGAAUUUAUUAAGUUACGUAACAUGGGAAUACGGAAAGGUAUUACUAUGAACGAUGGAACGGAAUGGAAAGAUGUUAGAUUAUGGGUAGUAAGAGCACUAAAGACUGUUGGAUAUGGCAAACGGGAGAUGUCAAAGCUCAUCCAGGAUGAACUGGUUGUAAUUAUCGAAAAUCUAAAAAAAGGUGGUAUAAAUAUAAUGAAGGAAAUUAUCGCACCCGCCGUCAUAAACGUUCUUUGGACUUUUACAACGGGAAAGCGAAUCAACGACGUUUCGAAAUUGCGAUAUUUUAACGAUCUGAUGGAACGACGUGCUCGUGCCUUCGACAUGGUUGGAGGAAUUCUAUCUACUUUUCCUUGGAUUCGUUAUAUCGCACCGGAGAUAUCGGGUUACAAUCUUCUCGUGAAAAUCAACGAUGAAUUGAAAAACUUCCUAACGGAAAUAAUAUAUGAUCAUAAGAAGAAUUAUGUAUCUGGUAACGAGUCCAAUUUAAUCGAUAUGUUCUUUCGUGAGAUGUACGAUCAGAAAGGAUCGAAAAACAUUUUUACAGAGGAGCAAUUGCUGAUGAUACUAUUGGAUCUCUUUAUUGCCGGCUUUAACACCACCACCACUACCUUGGAUUUUCUUUUUUUGCACAUGGUCGUUCAUCAAGAUAUACAAAAGAAAGUAAGAGAAGAGAUAACGACAAAGAUAAAAUUGGACGAAUUUCCAAAGUUGGAAGAUAGAAUCAAGCUCCCUUAUGUAGAGGCUUUUAUAACCGAGGUUCAACGUAUGUAUACAAUAACUCCAAUAAUAGGUCCGCGACGUGCCUUUAAAGAUACGAUCUUGGAAGGUUAUUCGAUACCAAAGAAUACCGUUAUCCUCAUCAAUUUAUAUAGCAUCAAUAUGGAUCCAGAUUUCUAUGCGAAUCCGCAUGAAUUUAAACCGGAACGUUUCUUUAAGGAUAACGCUUAUCAACCGGAUAAGAACUUGGUGCUCUUUGGCAAGGGAAACAGACGUUGCCCUGGCGAACAUUUGGCAAAAUCCGCUCUUUUCCUACUCUUCGUUGGUAUUAUGCAAAAAUACGCGUUACUUCCUGUACAAGGCCAAAAGCCUUAUGUCGUCGAAGCAAUUCCAGGUCUAACGAUAGCACCAAAACCAUACGAGACGAUAGUUGUACCGUAAUCUUUACCUUAUAACUUUAACUUUUUCUUUUCUUCUUUUCUUUGAAAAUGUUCACGAGCUCGGUUAUAUAUUUUUAUCCUAUCAAACAUGAUUUCGUAUUACUUGAUAAUAUUAGAUUUCGAUUAAUUUUCCAAAUCUACUUAUAUGUAAUAACCAUUUAUAUUUUCAAGUAAAACAAGGGAGAAACGGAUUU